GUAAAACUGUAUUCAAGAAAAUCAAAUUUACUUAAUUUGAAUAUUUUAUAAUAUAUUAAUCUAAGAAAGUUGUCUUCUUUAAAGUUUAGAGUAAGAGCCUUAGAUCUCGAAGAAAACACACGCCUUAGAUUUCAAUGUAUCCAAUUAUAUAUUAUUUUUUAUUACAUAAACUUGACCACACUUUCGAUUGGUAAACGUUAUUAUUAAUUUAUAUUUUCAGGGCAACUCUUCUGUAAUUUACUUUAUUUAUAUUGCCUUUUAGAUGAUAUCUAUGUACAUAUUAUAACUCAAAAAUGUGUACCACAUAAUUUUUACGUAUCUAAGCACUUGAUAAGGACCGAAACCAAUGGUUGAAACGUUGUGCGCUAUUUGUUGAAUAUAUUUGAGGCCAGUUAGGUCAAACGUAAUAAUUAUAUUCUUUUUUCUUUUGUAAUCACUGGUGAAUAAAUAAUCAUUUUAUUUAUUAUUAUUUUUUUUAUUGCUUUAUAAUUGUGUGUCCAUAUGUAUAAGUACAAGUUAUACAUUAUAUUACAAAACUUAUAUAUUGUAACUAUUCUCUGAUUAUAUACCCUACUUUUUGCAACAGUAUUAUUAAUAUGUGUAAUUGUACUAAGAAAUUAGCAUUUAAUUAGAAGAACAAAUAAUUCAAAAAAUUUUUACUCUAUUAAUUAAUUAACAUACAUUAUAUGUUUAAAAGUAGCUGUUUUGUUACAAAUAUUUUAAUGAAGUUAUUACUUGCAGUUUACAACAUUCAUAAGCUCGAAAUGUACUUUCAACUUUAUAAUUAAAGUUGGCUGUAAUUUGUCUAUUUUUAUUCUUUGUAUAAUAACAUAUAUCGCUUUUGCAGUGAAUACCAACGCUAUAAAAAAUUUAUUGAUGCAAAUUGAACAUAUAUUUGACGAAUUAAAAGAUGAACCUGAGAACGUCAUCAUAAAAAAGUAUGGCCAGAGUGCAAAACGAUAUGCAGUUAUGCUUAUAAUACUUGCUUUUUGUGGCAUAUGUAUUUUUACUGUCGUUCAAUUUUUGUCGAUUAUUCUUGACACUGUUUUACCGAGGAAUGGGUCUCGAUUGCAUCAUGGGCUGAUUGUAACAGAAUAUUUUAUUAAUAAAGAAACGUUUUUCUAUUUAAUUGAGCUACAUAUGUGUGCAGCUUUGUACAUUGGAAUUAUUUCAUUAGUAUCGACGGGAACACUAAUCAUUGCAUAUUUGCAAUAUGUCUGUGGAUUGUUCAAAAUCUCUAGCUAUCGUAUUGAACGUGCAAUGGACUUUAAUUUGCUACAUAAUAUCACUUUAAAAAAUGAGAAUUUGAUAUUUGAAAGAAUAAUAUAUGCAGUGAAUAUUCAUCGACAAGCCAUGAGAUUAAGCAAACUAAUGAUGACUAAAAUCGAGAUAAUGUGUUGCUGUUUAAUAAUAACUGGAGUGAUUGGUUUAAGCUUUAGUCUUUUUCGAAUAUUUCAAAUAGUAUCGUCCGAAGAAAAUCUCAAGGAAAAAUUGAUGCCCUUUCUAGUUACAAUAUGUAUUAUCACUUAUAUGUUUGUAGCUAAUUAUAUCUGUCAAAAUGUAACAGAUCAUAAUAAUCACAUAUAUAUUACCGCAUACGAUGUUCAAUGGUAUAUGGCUCCGUUGCAUAUACAAAAAUUGAUAUUGUUUCUAUUGCAAAAUGGUACCAAAGACCUACCUUUACGUGUUGGUGUAUUAUUCACUGGAUCGCUAGAGGGGUUUGCUACGCUGGUGAAAGCUUCGGUAUCUUAUUUUACCUUCAUAUAUUCUACGCGAUAAGACAAAAAUGGAUUAAAUGAAAAUGUGAUAUAGAUAUGAUUACUACAAAAUCAAGUAGUAUAAUUAAUUUACGUUUAAUUUUAAUAGUACCAUAGUUUUAAAUUUAAAAAUUAGUUAGAGAUGUUACUUAGAGAAAUAUUUUCGAAAUAUGUAAAUUUUAAACUAUUUGAUAAAUUUAUUAUAUAGAAUAAAACUAUUUAAUCAAUGAUGUGUAUCAUAUCUUUAUGAAGUAUCAAUUAAGCAACGCGGUAGCGGCGUGGCACCAAGUAUAUCGUACUGUGACACAAACUUUAUUGCACAAGUUCGCUAAAAUACUCGUCCAGAAUUUAGCUAUUAAAUUCACUUUCAGUUAAAAUAUCUCAAAAACUAAAAUUAUAAUUAGAAAUCUGAUGGCAAUUUUGUUAUAUAAUAUUGAUUGUAAAAUUUCAAUGCAGUCAAAUUAAAAUCGGUAUACACAAAAUGAGAUUUCUUUUGUGUGGAAAAACUUAUUUACUUUAUUUUCUAAAAAUUAGACUCACAUGUACACAUACAUGCAAAGUACCAGUUUGUUAUUAAAGAGAUUUCACAAUGCUCUACAAUGUCCUAUUUUACUAAAAUAAAAUUACUACGUUAUGUGAAUGAUGAAUAUUGAUAGGCAAAUAUACACUUAAAAAAAGUAAUAUAUCCAAUAAGAUAUGUAGUAGCGGGCUACCAACUAUAGAUAUACUCAAUACAAAAAUAUAUGCUAUUGCAGUAUCAACAUUGUACUU